AUGGCGCCCCCGAAGAUCAAGACGGGCGAAGUCACCGUCCACGUUGCUCUAGAUGCAAUAUCCGAAGGUACUCUCAAGGAGCGCGGGGCAGGUCUGGAUGAUCUGAUAUUCCUGCUGGAUAAGAAAGGGAAGACCGCAAGCCUCUCCUCACUGGGCGACAAACACUAUCAUCGCAUAUUUGAGAAGGUGUUCCGGUGUGUAGUACAAGAAAAGCAGAGCUAUUUCGGAGGGAAGAGGACGGCGGCAGCAGGGGCAGGGGCGAGGCUGGCGAAAUGUUCCGAGGCUGUCCGGCUCGCGGUUAGCCAUGGGGCUACUAAGCUAAAGCGAAAGACGAUGCUUGCCCUUGUUGACCAUAUCACGCAGAGCCUCCCUGAGCCUGGACCUGGUCAUGGCGACGAGGCGUACGUCGAGCCGCUCCUGAAAGACUACGUCAAGGCCCUCGUAGCGCUGCUCUCCUAUCAGCCCAACGCCGAGCACCUUGCCACGUUGGGUGCCGACGGUUGGCUUGUCUGUGUCGACUUUUGCACCGGCGCCCUGGAGCGUUACCUCGAGAAUGCUGAUCGGGACCGAGACUCCGGCUCUCGUGCUUCCCCGGCGCCGGGUACGGCAUCAAUGGCAUUCUCUACUGCCAGGAGCACCAACGCGAGUCAAAGAACACCGGGGCAAAUCCAUCGCGGCACCGUCCAGGACCUCCUCCACUGUGUCUACCUUCUCCUUCUUCCUCCCAACGCGCCGCUGGGUCAAAGAUAUCGAGACCUGUCCAAAACACUCACGCAAGUUCUUCAAGUGCGUCACCUUGGAUUAAGUCAGGUGAUCCAGCUAAGCUUCGCCUCCAUCAAUAUCCUCUUGGCCGGAGUCCAAACAGAUGACAUCUCCCAAGCCAGCAAUUUGGCCAGAGACCUAGUGCCACUAAUUAGCCACUGGUGGCAAGCUAGAACCGUUUCUCAGGAUGAAAUGCUAAACUCGGUCAGGGAUGAGAUGCUUAAGACAAUAUUCAUCAUCCACUUACACCUCGAACAUCUUGUUUGUCACGGUGAGAACGAAGCUGUUCAGCAGGAUAUUCAAGACCUCGUCGAGUCUCUGUGGCUGGAAUACUCCAGACGAAACCCAAGAUCUCAACUCCAACUAGAUGACCUCACAUUCGUCUCUAGGCUGCCAGAUGAUUACUUUAGAGUGAGUUUGUUCGGUCUGCGCGUUCACAAUCGCGACGGUGAGAGAAGAUGGGCCCUAGUGCAGAAUAUUGCCAUCCUAGAGCGUAUUCUCUGGAUGAGCCACAGACGUGCUAGGUCCCAGUCACCAGACGAGCAACCCCGCAAGAAGCGCAGAACUCAGGGUCCAAGGACGCGGUUACAGGAGAAGUUACAGUCGCCCAGUUCAGCCGUACAGAGAAUCUCUUUGCAGCUUGUGCCUUUCCUGCUCGGACUCGGCACUUUCUCUUCGGGAGAAGCCGCAGACAUUUUCUCGGACGUUGCAGCUUUUGUUGGCGACAAAGAUACUUCUGUGUCAUCAUGGGCUAUGCUGGCUUGUGCCAGCUGCGCUGUAUCCCACGUCGAAUUAGGCAACGCACCAACUUCGUGGAAGCAUGUGUGGCAGAUCGCUGCCAGAGCAAUCAGUCUUGCCAGCACCUGUCGGGCGGCUAGUGUUCUCCUGCACACGAUCCUCGAAAGAGAAAUAGUCCCUUAUCACGACAUCGCGGACGACAUCAACAGCAUGGUUACCACUGCUGAUGUCAACGGCCCGGCUCUUCUGGUGGACUCUUCGAUCAUCCUUAUGCUACAUUUGUUGGCUCUUCGAAAUGUCAAACUGCCGAACGCUAGUCAAUCUACAAGCCAUCAUAUUAUCCGUUGGACCUUUCUGAAAUGGAAUCCAGCCGACCCGAGUUACGCUUCUCUCUAUUCAAUGCACGCUCCAGUCCCUGAAUUGGUCAACCUCAUUCAGGCAUGUUGCGGUGCAAACCUUGUGCCUCUCGCAGCGCCAGUAACCGUAUCUGGAGGACCAAUUUGCCAAACCUGGAAGGCGCAAUGCCAAAUUUCGGCCCUGACGCGAUACUUGCUACUGCUGGAGCAACCGCAGACAGAAAAAACAGUCAUGGCAGGCUGUAACCAGGCUCCGGUGACUGAAUCAAUCAAAGUCAGUGAUCCGGCAGCUUUUCAUGCUUCAAGAAAACUGGUGUUGGAACUUCUGUUCCCCAAGCUUGAGGAAUUGCAAGAGCUCUGCGGCUUGUGGAACAGAAGGGGACCAGAAGGGGGCGCCCCAGUCUCGCCAGACAGGCUUCACAGUCUCUUCGCAGCAAAUACUGUUGGCACAAUGCUUGCCUCUCAGCUCGUCGAUCUCAAUUCAGGACAGUCGCGAGAUAUCGAGUCGACACUUGCCAAACUUUCGGAGACCAGCAUCAGUGCGGCUCUCGAGUCUGGCGACAACCAAGUCUUUUUUGAAGUCAUGCUCAAAAUCGUACGCACUGUCCUUCCAGCUCUCAACGCAGCAGAGAUAACUACGUUGUCGAAGGAAAACACUCCCUUGUUCCGUCUCUUGACAAUUCUAGCAGCAGGCAGUCACGAACGAACCGCAAGGCAAGCAUCUGGGCAAAGUCACGAUAUCAUGGACCUGGACGAUGAAUUUGAUUCCCAGGAAAGCAGGACAAGCGUUCCCACGAAAACUCCCGAUAUUCCUCGAUUGAACAUUCCAAUGGCUCUAGAUUCAGCCGCCUUCUGCCAAGACACCAUGCAACGCAUAUAUCUUUUUGAGACGAUGCACAAGGAUGCUUCGCAGGUCGGACUUGUUCCGCAAGAGUUUCUCGAUCAGUUACUGCUCCUCCCCAAUGACGAAUUCCUCCUAUGCAGCUCAAUGCUAUCGGAGCUCUUUGCCUCCGACUUGCCCAUUAGCCUAGAUGAUGCUCUGCGAGUCGUCGAAAAGCUUGGAGACAUCAUUGGCGAAUCAGAAUACACGUGCUGCGAAGUGGCCCAUUCGACCAGCCUGAGGAUUCUUGAAGGUCUCAUACGUGUCUGGAUGGACGAGAAACACGAGGUGUUCUCAUUCGUUGGCGACCUGUACAACUACUUUGUGAAGGCCUCUCUCCCCAAAAACAGUCUGUCUCCCAAGUCACAGAUGUCUCUCGCAAGUUUACUACUUGCGCUUCUGCGAAUCAACCCGCAGUACGGAAGUGACCUUGGUCUUGACUCUUGCCGCACGACACUACUGUUCGUCAUGCAAAACGGGACAUUGGCUGUCAAGCACUUCGUUGGGUCUGCCUUGCCAGACAUAUUCGGCAUCUACGUCCUCAAGAUGCAUGACGACAUCUUCGUAGAUGUCCUGAACAGCCUUCCUACCGAUCCGGACGCCAUCGAGGGUAUUGCUUUCCGACUAUUUGUGUUGUCUCAGCUGGCGUGUCGUUGGCCAACGCUGCUAAGACGAUGUACUUAUCACAUUUUCGAGACUCCAGGCAAGAUCAUGCAGUCAACAAAGUACGCAAAACGAUGCCUAGAGAGGGUAUCCAAGGCCCUUAGCUUGUCAUCUCCCCAGGAACUGUUCAGCAUUUUCAGCCCCCAGCUUUUGUAUACCUGGCUAGAACUGGAUGCUAUCGAAGACAUUCCGUUUGAAAUAUUUGGCUUCCCGAGCCUGGAUUCCCUCCUCCGGGAAGGACAGGCCGAGACGACUGCAUUGGAGAUCAUGCGAGGGCGUUAUGAUAGUGUUCGGUCGCUCGCACAGCGACUUGGAACUCCUUUGGUUGACAUGGUCAAGCAAGGGUUCACCAAAAUCAUGGCCUAUACGAUUGCACAUGAAACAAGUACAUCUAUCCCCGAGAGCGACGGCGGUGAGACUUGGGUGCGCAAGCUUCUUGGCAGUGAACCUUUCCUGGAUCACAUCUAUCUUAACUUUGCGGACAUUGUGGCGUUGUUCUUGGACCUCUUCGAUCAAGAAGAUCCCAUUGAGAAAUACCUUUCAAGGGACAAGACUUUCCAGUACGCAGCCAACAACCUGGCCGAAAUCAAACAGUUCUCUCAGUCAACAACAGUCCUGCCGCCUAACCAACAGCCUAUGUUCAGAGCCAAGUUUCUCACCAGGGAACUAUUCCAUCUGUGCAGCAAGACGGAAUAUGAGCUGCACGCACUAUGGACACCAGCGCUUGUGGUUUCGGUCGCCCGAAGACUGUUCAAUACGGUUCAUCCAGCGUUGGGGUCGCUUCACGCAUGUUCCGUGCUACGGAAGGUUCGAGUGGUGAUCGCCCUCGCUGGUCCCGUGGCGUUGGAGUGUUACCCUCUUGAGAUGCUUCUCUCGUCUGUUCGACCAUUCAUCGUGGACUCGGAAUGCGCCGACGAUGCACUUGGCGUCAGUCGAUACUUGAUCAUGAAGGGAAGCAGGUAUCUGGAACGAAUCCCGUCGUUCCUUGCUGGUCAUGCAUUAUCUACCCUAGCUUCACUGAGGGUUUUCCUCGAGUCUAGUCAGUCAAGCACUACUCAAGAGAGCCAAUUCCAGGCUACCAUGAGCAAGGCACAGACUUUCCACUCAUGGUUCAGCUCAUAUCUCACAGGCUAUGACUCACCUAAUUUCGCAGACGAGCAACAAAGAGAAGCGUUCAAAUUGAUUACUCAUUCGGCUUCGAACAUUCGGUCCUCGGGAAACGCCGAAAAGGGGACACCCGAGAGCACGCUUCUCUUGGAGAUUCUCAGAGAUGGCGAGCGCGAGGCCAGACUCCUGAACGAAGCAGCGCGAGACCUGGCGCUCGGGAUGCUUUGUGGAGAUUUUAUAGUGCCUACUGUUGGCCAUAAAGACGUCAUUGAAAACGAUAACGAGGCACUGCGCCAUAGUGGUCUCGUCUGGAAGAGCUGCAAUGCACUUUCAUUGAGUGACGAAUAUCUAGCCUGGGCGGGUCGCGUGGUGGGCAGGUCCUUCGCCGCGUCGGGAGAGAUACAGUCCGAGCUGCUGAAAGAGUCGGAGCUCUCGCGGUACAACAGCCUUGCGCCAGGGACUCAUGACUCCGAGCAGGCACUGCUCAAUCUGCUGCAGCAACUCACACAGAGCAAGGAGUCUGAAGUUGCCGGACUUGCCGAAUCAGCAUUGAGAGCAGUGGUUUCGGAGGCAGCGGCCCAGGGAGAUGAGGCCCUCCUCGUGGCAGCCCAGAGAACAUUGACAGAAUCGUUGUGUCUAGCUUCGGCUUGGGACCAGUACCGUACGCCACCUUCGGACUUCGUCCUCUCACAGACUGUCCCCGACUCUCAGGUCUUCUUCCGCGACCACGUGGAGAGUUCCAAUUGGGUUCAGCAGCUAGCAGUCCAUCUCGCACAGUCAGUUCCUGAGUAUAUCAUCCUCAUUGCACUGGUGCCGAUCCUCAAGAACGUGAAGGGCUUUGCUCAAGACUCCUUCCCUUUUAUAGUCCACCUGGCUUUGUACAGCCAGCUCGACAAGCAACAGCUCAUCAAGCGCAAUCUUUCUGAAGCUGCGAGAGAGUGGCUCAAGAUCCAGGAUGACGGUGCGCAGACCAAUCAGAAGCAACUGAUCAACACAAUCCUGUACUUGCGGACACAGUCGUUGCCCAAGGAGUCAUCCAUUGCCGAUCGUGCCUCAUGGCUCGACAUCGACUUUACCGCUGCGGGUGCCGCCGCCUGUCGGUGCGGUAUGCACAAGACGGCUCUUCUUUUCACCGAGAUAGCCGCCUCACAGACUACUCGCGCGUCCAGACGAUCAUCUGCAGUUCGUGAAGAAGACAGUACCGAAACCCUUCUUUCGAUCUUCGAGAACAUUGACGAUCCUGAUGCCUACUAUGGCUUACCACAAUCUGCCGAUCUUUCCAGCGUCCUAGCCCGUCUAGAGUACGAAAAAGAUGGCUCGAAGAAUCUGGCUUUCCGAGGAGCCCAGUACGACAGUCAUAUUCGAAGACGGAACCCCGGAUCACAACUAGAUAGUCACUGUCUCGUGAGGGCUCUCGGUACACUGGGUCUAGCUGGUCUCUCUCACUCCUUACUCCAGACGCAGCAGAGCCCUGAUGGAGACGCGUCUUCUCUCGAGAGCACAUUUCAAACAGCACGCCGAUUGGAGCUGUGGAACCUGCCUGUUCCUGCAACGGCCGGCAACUGUUCUGUAACGAUAUACAAAGUGUACCAGAACGUACAACAUGCUAUAGGGAAGGCUGCAGUGCGCAGCGCGAUCUACGAUGGCUUCAGCCAGACAAUGCGGGGCCUUGUCAACCGUGGGUUGAACGCCGCUAAACUCAGACAGCAUCUUGGAGCUCUCGCUGUCUUGACCGAGCUAGACGAUGUUGUUAACGUGAACGACUUCUCUGAGCUAGAAGGCAUGCUUGGAAGAUUCAGAGAGCGUGGCCAGUGGAUGAGACGCGGACGAUACGAAGACGUCAGCCACCUGCUGUCUUGUCGACAGACAACAUUAAGCUUGAUGAGUCAACAGUCGAAACUACGAAAUCAAACACUGUCCACUGCCGAAGCUAGACAAGUCGAGAUUCGGUGCAUGCUGAUGUCUUCCGGAAUAUAUCGCUUCCAUCAGGCUACGCAAGAAUCUCUUAAUAUUUCCACUUCACUGACAGACCUGGUCGGGCCUUGCGAGGAUUUGGGUAUCAAAGUUGAUGCUGCCAUCAAGAUCGAGGCGGCCAACUCCUUGUGGGACCAUGGAGAGAUGAUUCCUUCGAUUCGAAUGCUCCAGAGCAUCGAUAACGACUCUUCCCUCAAGAAACAGACCAUCCCUGUGAGCCGAUCGGAUCUACUAUCUAAAAUUGGCCACCAGGUGUCGGUGGCCAAGCUGGAGAAGCCCCAUCACAUACAAAAGAAUUACCUUGAACCUGCCCUCAAGGAGCUCAAGGGCAAGAGUGAAGGACAACAGUCCGGACAUGUCUAUCAUCAGUUCGCUAUGUUCUGUGACGAACAGCUUCAGAACCAAGACAGUUUGGAGGACUUGGCAAGAUUGCAGAGCCUGAAGAAGGGCAAGAGCGACGAGGUCUCCCAGCUACAGAGUCUCAUCUCAAGCAGCCGCGACUCGCAACUGAGACACAGAUACCAAUCGCACUUGAACCGCGCUCGUCAGUGGCUGCAGCUAGACGAGCAGGAGCUUCGCCGCGUCGAGCAGACGAGGAGCGAGUUUGUUCGGCUCAGUCUCGAAAACUAUCUGCUUUCUCUUAUCGCAUCCGACGAACACAACAACGACGCCUUGCGUUUCACCGCUCUCUGGCUUGAGCGUUCAGAGGAGACAGCGACCAACGAGGCUGUCAAGAAGCAUCUUGAAAAGGUACCGACAAGAAAAUUCGCCACGCUGAUGAACCAACUUUCCUCGAGACUGCAGGAUCAGCCGGCUUCAGCCUUCCAAAAGCUCCUCAUAGGUCUUGUUUAUAAGAUCUGUGCAGAACACCCGUAUCACGGCAUGUAUCAGAUCUGGUCCGGCACGAAGGUGAAGACGCGAAAAGAGGAUCAAGUAGCGGUGCUAAGACUUAAGGCCACGGAGAAAGUGGCGGCCCUCCUACAGUCAACCAAGGCCGUGGCCGCGAUCUGGCAAGCGGUCGAUAGAACGAGCGCCUACUACCAUCGAUUGGCCGUUGACCGAGACCCUGCCAAGUUCAAGGCCGGACAAAAGAUUGCUCUCAGGGAUAUCCACUCAGCCCAGUCGCUGCAGAAUGCGUUGAUGAAAUACCGGAUUCCACCACCAACCAUGCAGCUCGAGGUGUCGGCAACAAAGGACUACUCGGACGUUCCGAUUAUUGAGAAACUGGAACCUCAGAUGUCAAUCGCUUCAGGCGUCAGCGCCCCCAAGAUCAUCACGGCCGUCGGAAGCGAUGGUAAGAAAUACCGGCAGCUAGUCAAAGGCGGCAAUGACGACCUCCGUCAGGACGCCAUCAUGGAACAGGUUUUCGCAGCAGUGUCGUCCCUUCUGAAGCUACACCGCUCAACCCAGCAGAGGAAUCUUGGUAUCCGCACCUACAAGGUUUUACCUCUCACCUCGGCGUCUGGCCUCAUCGAGUUCGUCCCAAACACUAUCCCACUACACGAAUUCCUCAUGCCUGCCCACGAGAGAUACUUCCCCAAGGAUCUUAAGGGGUCCCAAUGUAGGAAGGAGAUUUCAAACGCGCAAGGCAAGACCACAGAGACCCGGAUCAGCGUCUACAGAAAAGUGACGGAAAGAUUCCAUCCUGUUAUGAAGUACUUCUUCAUGGAGAAUUUUGUUGACCCCGAUGACUGGUUCGUCAAGCGGCUGGCAUAUACGCGUACCACUGCAGCGAUCUCGAUGCUCGGCCACGUGCUCGGUCUCGGGGACAGGCACGGCCAUAACAUCUUGUUGGAUAACAAGACUGGCGAGGUCGUACACAUUGAUCUGGGUGUUGCGUUCGAGAUGGGUCGCGUUCUUCCUGUACCAGAACUCGUUCCGUUCCGAUUGACCAGAGACAUUGUAGACGGCAUGGGUAUAACAGGAACAGAGGGCGUUUUUCGCCGUUGCUGCGAGUUUACACUUCACGCCCUGCGCGAGGAAACGUACUCAAUUAUGACAAUUCUCGACGUCCUCCGUUACGACCCUCUCUACUCAUGGUCCAUUUCACCUGUGCGACUAGCGAAGCUGCAGGGUGGCGAAUACGACGGGGACCGGGAGGAGGGGGAGGGAGAAGGCAGAAAGGAAAGAAAGGGGCAACAGGUGAACGAGCCAUCGGAAGCGGACCGGGCGCUGGAAGUGGUAAGGAAAAAGCUCUCGAAGACGUUGAGUGUGACAGCGACGGUCAACGAUCUGAUUAAUCAGGCGACCGAUGUAGGCAAUUUGGCGGUCUUGUACUCGGGUUGGGCAGCAUAUGCGUAG